AAGGCGAGGUUAGUGCAGGUGGAAGUUAAUAACUGCGCUGCUGAUUCUGCGCAAAACUCUCUGCCUGGAGCUAUUUCUCUUCUCUUCAUUUCACUGUAGUGAAAAAACAUUACUGCAACUGCCAACAUGCCUAAAUGCCCCAAGUGCAGCAAGGAAGUGUACUUUGCUGAGAGAGUGACCUCUCUGGGUAAGGACUGGCACAGACCCUGUCUGAAGUGUGAGAAAUGCAAUAAAACCCUGUCUGCAGGUGCCCAUGCAGAACAUGAGGGAAAGCCGUACUGUAACAAACCAUGUUACGCUGCACUCUUUGGACCUAAAGGCUUUGGACGUGGAGGCACCGAGAGCCACACAUUCAAUUAAAUCCAGACUCAGGCAAGUACUUUCAGAGGUUUCCUCCCUCUACAACCUAGCAGUGGAAAGUAGGAUGCCAUGCUGCAAGCCUUUUUUUUAAUCUAUAUAUAGCUCCACCAAAGAAAGUGACCAAACCAUGGCCCUCUGGUUAUAGACAUACUAUUUUGUACUAUAAGCAAUGAGGGCUGAUUUUCAGAGAUCUAGAUUAAGCCUAAAUUUAGACUAAAGUGUGUUUUCACUGAUUAAAACGUAAUGCCAGUGGAGAUUAAUCCAAAGCCAGCCUUAAUGUAAUGUCAAAUUAAGCCCAGCAGGUUUUAGUUUGGAGAAUGUCAUGUACUUUGAUAUCCAUAAAACCAUGGAAUUGUUUGGCAUGGUUCUAAAGCAAUGUAAAAAAUACUUUUUGUAAUUAAACACUGAGUUGUAAACCA